UUCUUCUUCAUUCAACUUCAUUCCGUUGCUUGCAUUUCUUCGUCUCGUACUUUUUUUUAGCACCUUUCUAUUUCAAUCCCUGUAGCGUGUGUCGCGUGCGUAUCUUUUCAUUGUAAAUAGUCCUCUGCGCAUAUUGACACACUUCUCUCUUGAGAAAAAAAAAUCGUUCUCUGACAAGACAAAGAAAAAAAAACGCAAGUUUUGAUUCCCUACCAUGGAUCCAACUCAACAACCUCAAGGGGAUGGUCAGGCCAACCUUCAAGAGGCUCCUCACCUCGCUGACCUUGAUCAGCCCAAGCCGCAGGUACCAGGAAAAGCACAGCUUGAUGAUGCGGUCGGAAGAGCUGUAGGCGGUACAGUGAUCGCAUCCGAUAUUAACCCUUCGGCCUUGCCUACUGCUGCCAAGCUUGACGCGGAGCUAGCUGAGCGUCUAGUAGAACAGCAGCCUCAGGCUCAAGCCAACAUCGAAUCAACACAGAUAAACAAGCCUGGUGAUGAUAAAGCAGCGGCGGUGGAUGACAAGAGUAAAGAUAAAGGGAAAGAGAAGGACGUCAAGAAGGAUGAUCCGAAUAAUAAGACAAUAGGUGCCUACCCAGUCGAGACCCGUAUUGGUUGGCUGGAGGCUUACAAGCGCACAGAUGGGCCACAGAAUGAGUUCCGCGACAAAUCCAUCUGGAUGGAUGAAUUUGCGAGUAGUGCACUCUAUGGAGCCUUUUGGCAUAAUGCGGCUGUUGUCAUUAUUCUUCCCAUUGUUUGUUUUAUCGUAUUCAAGCUGGGUGGAGGGCUUGUCUCUUUGAUCCUCAUCAUCGCCUUUGGAGCAACAUAUUACAAAAAUUCAAUUCGUCGCUUCAGACGCAAUGCCCGUGAUGACAUCACACGUGAGCUUAUUCGUAACUCGCUGGAAGACGAUGCGGAAUCCACAGAGUGGAUCAACAACUUUAUGACCAAGUUCUGGCUCAUUUACGAGCCAGUGUUGAGUGCCUCUGUUGUUCAGACUGUAGAUGGUAUUCUGAUUGAUCAGACACCAGCAUUCUUGGACUCCAUUCGUCUAACCACCUUCACUCUUGGAACCAAGGCUCCGCGUGUGGAUAGUGUCAAAACUUUCCCUAAAUCUGAUCCCGAUGUUGUGCUGAUGGACUGGAGAGUGUCAUUCACUCCAACGGACAUUGAAGACAUGACCCCAAGGCAAUUGCGCGCGCAAAUCAAUCCUAAGGUCUGUUUGACUAUCCGUGUUGGAAAAGGCUUUGUCGGAGCUGGCAUGCCCAUCCUUGUCGAAGAUAUGUCAUUCAAGGGCUAUAUGCGCUUCAAGAUCAAACUGACAUCUAACUUCCCCCACAUCAAGAGUGUUGAUUUUUGCUUUUUGGAGCCCCCAACCAUUGAUUAUGUCCUAAAACCUGUCGGUGGUGAGACCUUUGGCAUGGAUAUUGCCCAUAUUCCUGGUCUUCAUUCUUUCAUUCGUGAUCAAACACAUGCCAUUCUGGGCCCUAUGAUGUAUGCUCCCAAUGUCUACACAUUGGACAUAGAACAGAUGAUGGCAGGUGCAGGAGGACUAAGCUCUGCAAUCGGAAUUGUCCAGUUCACUAUCUACAAUGCCAAGGAUCUCAAGAAUACCGAACUAAUUGGAAGCUCCGAUCCCUACGUUAAGAUUCGUCUUGGAAACCGUCCAGAUAUUGCCUCUACAGCAGUGCAAAACAACACCCUUAACCCCGUUUGGAACGAAACCAACAUCAUUUUGCUCCAUAAUUUGAACGAAAUGAUCUGCAUGGAGAUAUUUGACAAAGAUAAAGUUGGAAAGGACCGUCCCUUGGGUCAGGCCAAUUUUGAUUUGAAGACGUUAGAAGAUCAUCCAGUUCAGGACGACGUCUGGUGCAAGGUAUUGAGAAACGGAAAAGAACGCGGCUCUAUUCGAAUCCGUGCCGCCUUCUUCCCUGUUCAAGUAUCGGAGCCAUCCCCAGAUGGAGGAGAGCCCAUCCCUAUCGAGUCCAACUCUGGAAUUAUGACCAUUAAAUUAGCUCAGGCCAAGGAUAUUGUCCGUGCUGGCAAGACCAAGUCAUUGUGCAAGAUUUCACUCAACGGUCGAGUUGUGCAUGAGACAAAGAGACUGCAUGGCGCCAGCCCUGCUUGGGGAUCCGACGUUGAUGUGUUUAUCACGGACUUACCAGCUGCUCAAAUUACUGCUGAGGUUGUUUCAGAAAACGAUGUGAUUGGUUCAUAUAAUGUUCCCGCUACUAAGCUGUUGCAAGAUACUGACAAUAAGGUUGAAUGGGCAUCUAUGACCGGUGGUGAAGGCACUGGUAAGAUUAAGAUGACUGGAAUCUGGAAACCUAUCCUCUUGGGCGAUGGCCUCAACCCAAGUAUCCACAAGCCAGCAUUUGGUGUCUUGCGUGUACAGUUGUUUGCUGCACGUGGAGUUCGGAAUGUUGAGAUUGGAAGCAGCUCUGACCCAUAUGUCAUCAUUUAUGGAGAGAAAGGCAUUAGUCGGGGACGCACCAAGACGAUUGAAAACAACUUGAAUCCUGUCUGGGGUGAGAUUCACUAUGUCCCAGUCAACUCGAUGAAGCAAGCACUCGAAUUCGAGGUUAUGGAUUUCCAAAAGGUUACAAAGGAUAGAUCUCUCUUGGUCAUUGAGGAGCUUCCUGAUAAGGCUGGCUACCAGGCGCGCCCAGCAGUAGAUAGAUGGGCGCCGAUACAACAAAAAGAUGGCUCCAACAAGGGUGAACUUCACUACGAAAUUUCCUUCUUCCCUUCCCUCAAGGUUGCUCGACAGGCCACAGAGAAAGAACGUACUGCUACACCCCUGAAAGCUGCUGCAGAGAGAGAAGAGAAUGCCGCUGUCGCUGCUGAAGGUGUUGUGCAGCAACAACAACAAGCAGCACCAACCGCAGCUACAGAGAAGUCUUCAUCGCAGGCCCCAGCACAGGCGAAUGCUCCUACCACAUUGCCACCAGGAACUGUUUCAUCAAGUGAUGCUUUGGAACAUGACUCAGGAAUCCUUGUUACUCAUCUGGUUAGCGCUAAUCUCAAUCGCUCUGGUACCGCCUAUUGCGAGUUUUAUCUGGAUAGUGAUUGCUACCAGUACAAGUCUCAAAGCCAGAAAACACGUAACCCAAAAUGGAAUGAGGUUGCGGACAUUUUCGUCAAGGAGCUCGAAUAUGCAAAACUGGUAAUCCUGGUCCGAGAAAAGUCUUCAAUGGAUAAUGACGCAGUUAUUGCUGAGUUCUCUAGCAACGUUAGGUCCUUGUUGGAGAAUACUCCUUCUGAAGGGCAAGAUUUCCCUCUUCUCCAUGGAGCAGAACAAAAAGGAACUAUUCAUCUGAGAUUCGAAUACUUACCCGUACCAAUUGAGCUUUUCCCCAAGGAGCGCCUUGAUAACAUGGGCAAUUUGACCAUUCAUUUGGUUCGAGCUAAAAAUCUCCUUUCAGCUGAUCGAAGCGGUGCAAGUGAUCCUUACUUCAUUUUCAGAGUGAAUGGCAAGGAAGUGUACAAGUCUGAGGUCGUUAAAAAGAACCUCAAUCCUGAAUAUAAUGAGACAUUUGUCCUACCAAUUGCAUCCCGCAUGGAAGAUCAACUAUCUUUCGAAGUCUUCGAUUGGAAUCAAAUAGGCAGUGCAAAGUCGCUAGGUGUGGGGGCUCUUGAUAUUCGUAACAUUCAACUUGUAUUACCCAAUGAAUAUAUAGUUCCUAUCUCAAAUAAGCAUAACCAGGGUGAGGUUCAAUUGCGUCUAAAAUUCAUCCCAGAGUUCCUAUCAUCAAAUAAGCGCAGGAGCGGAUUUGGAGCUACUUUCUUGGGUACCGGCAUCGGCCUUGCGGCUCAAGGUGGUCAAGCACUUGGACAUGUUGGCAUGGCAGGCGUUGGCGCAGUAGCAGGCGGCGUGGGUGCUGUUGGUCAUGGAGUAGGUGCUGGAGUGAAUGCUGUUGGCCAUGGAGCCAUCAAAGGCGUGGGUGCGGUAGGCAGAGGCGUUUUUGGCGGUCUCUCAGCUGGCGCUUCUGCCGUGGGUCUUCACAAGCGAGCAGACAAGGCAGAAUCACAUCCUCAAGCAGACGUUGCACAUCCCCAAACAGGUGCCGCACCCCCAGCCGUGGAUCCUUAUACCACUACUAAUCAACCCGGUUUAAUCGGGCAGCCUGGCUCUUUGAUUAUUGAAGUCACUGGGGCUGAAGGUCUAAUGGGUGUCGAUAAGAACGGCAAAAGUGAUCCGUACGUCAAGGUGUCCGUUGGUGGUAAACAGAUCCUCAAGACAAAGGUCAUAAAAAACACCGUUUCGCCUGAAUGGAGGGAAGUGACGGAUCCUCCUGUAGAAAUAUCAGGAGGGCCAGCAACAUUCCACUUUUCGGUCAAAGACCACAACACUCUUGGAGGCAGCAAGGAUCUUGGCUCUUGUGACGUGUCGUUGUGGGAAUAUAUUUAUCCUGCUACGCAAGAUCAUCCUGCACAAUACAAGAAAGAGUUCUCAGUCCCGUUGAUUGGGGCAAGUGGAAAGCUUCAUCUUAAAUUUGAAUUUCAUCCGAAGGCAUAAAAAUCGAAAGAUAAAUAAAAUGAAACACC